AACAUGUUCAAGCUGGUGCAGCCGGACAAGGAUCUGUACAUACAGGCCAACAACUGCGUCGACCAGAAGGCCUGGGUGGACAUCUUGUCCAAGGUGUGCGCGCACAACCAGGACAAGACGGACCAGUUCCACCCUGGCCAGUUCCGGGACCAAUAUCUGGACCUGCUGCCGGACGCCGACCAAGAACGCCAUCGGCUGCGCGCCGGUGACGGCCGAUAAGCUGCACGCCGAGAUCAAGCUGGCCGCCGACAGCGACCGCGAGAUGGAGCGGGUGUACGCCCUGUUCGCCGCUAAUCUUGACGAGCUCGGCAAGCUCAAGGACGAGUACGCCUGUAAGGCCGUGUACUUGGGCGACCCCGACUACGAGAUCCAGGACACGGAGGUGGGCUACAAGACCAUCAACAGCAUCGUGUCGGCGGUGAUCUCGCUGGAGCAGGAGCACCGCGACCACAGCCGCAGCCUGGCACGGGGCAUCCGCUACGGCUCCCGGAUGGCCCCGAUCGGUGACGACAACUACCUGCAGCUGCGGGCAGCGGCCCGCCUCCGACUCAGCGCCACACCAGCGUCGCUUCCGGCCGCCAUCGGCCCGACGGUCCAGCUGGAAGAUAACAAGUCAGCCGCCAGCUAA